UUCAUCGUGUAGUUAUGAGAUAAGGAUGUUUGGCGCGCUGGUGGAUGGCCUGGCUGGCGGAUAUCCGGCCGGGUUGAACAACUUCUCGCGUACUGGCGAUUUUCCUGUGUAGCGUACAUAAAAUCGGAGCGCUGCGUAUCGUGUACAAAUCGAGGCAUUCGACUGUCUAUAUAUACAAAACGCCAGGCUCGUGCGGAAUCUCAGUUGGAGCCGGAGCUAAUCUGCAUAAAGAUGAGCGCCAGCCAGUGAAGCGCAUGCACAACGGCAGGCCCGGCGUUCUGCUCCGCUGGCUACAUGUGGCCGGGGAUGAAAAAAUCGGGAUAUGGAUACAUAUAUCUCUCCAUGUAUGCGCCGAUAUGAUCCCGGCAUGAUCCCCGCCAUUUGGCAGCGGGAUUACCGCCGAACCCCCGGCUAAUCAGGCGCGACCGGCCGACUGUUGGGUCUAAUUUGUCACUUCCGGGCUGCAUCUGACACAUUCCGCAUUAUCCCGGGCGCGGGACGGGGACGGGACGCAUUACGGGUAUUAAAAGCGUUGCGCUUAUCAUCUGCCGUGCAUUGCCGGGUUUUAUAUAUAAGGAGCGUGUUGCCGGCAUAAUCUGCCAGCGCCCGCUGUAAUUGCGUCGAUUCUUCCGCGUUUGUUUGCUCGUUUGCCGCGGCGCGCCACCUGGACGUGUUUGUGUAUACAUCUGUCUCAUAUAAAACGCUACUUGACUGCCACUUCCCCGCCACAAUACCGUCGCGCCACUUGAUCGCGCCACAGCCUUUUCCCGGCACUUUCUGACGAAUUGAAUGGCCGGAUUAUAUUUACUGAUCGUCGCGGUGACUACCUGCGGAUGUUAAUCGUGUAGCCGGUAUGUUUCUGCGCAUUUCCCUCAUCUGGAUGCUGGCCCACUCGCGGACGCACCGGCCGAUAAUGGUGCGGCUGUGGCUGCUGGGGACGCUGCUGCUCAGCGGGCCGGCGGCGUGGACGGCCGCCCGCGGGGUGGGGGCGGGGGCGCGCAGCAGCAGCGGCGCCCUGGAGGGCUGCCAGCCGUCGGCGCUGGUCUUCUGUGAGAUGCCGGUCAUUGCCUCGCCCUCCGACCAGGAGGACACCUUCAAUGCCUUCCCCGGCGAGGAGUUCCGGCUGCCCUGCCAGGCCUACGGAUCGCCCUCGCCGCUCAUCACGUGGCACCGCGUCCUGGCCAACGGGGAAUCCAUCCCCCUGCCGCGCACCGCCCCGCCGCCGCCCUCCACCGCCGAGCCCCGCCCCCUGGCGCCGCCGCCGGCCCCCGCCGCGGGGUCGCACUACGUGCGCAACGAAGCCGGCACGCUGCGGAUCAGUCACGUGGUGCCGCACGACGGCGGCGUCUACUACUGCGUGGCGGAGAACAGCGCCGGCACCGCCAAGGCCCUCGUCGAUGUAAAGGUCAGUAUCGCACCCCUCGUCAACAUCCUCCCGCUGUCGGUGGGCGACACCUACGUCGUCAUCACGUGGAACGGCACCGUCCACGUGCCGCACCUCGGCGCCACCUCCCCGCCCCGCGGACGCCACUACCACCACGUGGAGACGCGUGUCCGUCUCGGCCGGCACCUCUUCCUCAAGUACCGCCGCUACCGGCCCACUUCCGGGCCCUCCGACACCCUCCCGGGCCUCCACGUCAUCCGGCUGGCGCCCCUCUCCCGGCAGCACCGCGUCAGCGCUCUCGCCGCCAACACCCUGUACGAGUUCUGCAUGGAGUUCGAGCCGCACGGCCGGCCCAGCACCCUCCUGGACUGCGUGACCCUGCGGACCGCCGGGGCCCCGGAGACCCUGGACACGGGUCGCGGCUAUCACCAAGGCCGCACCAUCAUGUUCGUGCUGCUGGUGGCCAUCGUCGCCAGUGUGGCGUGCCUGUGCUUCGGGUGCUACGCCAUGGCCAUCGGGCGGAAGCUGUGGAAGUACCGCAGUAAGAAGGGCUUCACGGCGCUCGGCUACUCGGAGGAGGCCGACGCCGCGGCGGACCCGGAGGUCCCCGGAGGGCGGCGUCGGAAACCCUACAGCGCCACCGUCAACCACCGGUUUCCGUCGACGGACGCCUGUAACUACGCCGACGCGGGCGGCUACCAGGAGGACAACCCCAAGAAGCCGCUCAUCGCCCGUAUAUAACCCGGGAGCGCGCUUACCGCCACGGUCUUUCCCGCCAAUUAAAUCUGCCUUUGAGUUGUACAUAAAAUGCCCGCGUCAUUACAUUCCAAGCCUGGUUAUCACUGGUUAUAAACUCAGUUAAUUGAUGAUCUCAAACCAAAUAUAUCUAUUUUCGUUUGCGGUGCUUACUUUAAUGUAGUCUGCUUUUUUAUAUUUGGUACGUUUAACAAAACUUGGGUACAGCGAGACGCAGCGAACCGGUAAAAUUGCGAAGUGCUUACCUAUAUAUGAACAAAGGUC